UCAAGAAAAAGGUGGAGAAACAGAAGAAACAAGUUGAAAUGGGUGAGGUGGAGGCAUUUAGCAGUAAUACGUCUACGAUGGGACAGAAAAGGAAUCCUGCCAUCCAACCUACUAGCAGAGCUGGAUAUGGUGAGGAGGAAGAAGAGGAGCAUAUUGAGACUGGGGAACCCAAGGAGAAAGAGGAACUUGACCUUGUACCUAUUGUGGAUUCUGUUUUUGGCCAAGACAGAGAACUUCAGCCAGAAGAGAUAGAAGAACUAAGAGAAGCCUUUAAAGAGUUUGAUAGGAACAAAGGAUACAUUAACUGCAGUGACCUGGGCGAAUGCAUGCGGACUAUGGGAUACAUGCCAACAGAGAUGGAACUCAUUGAACUGAGUCAACAAAUUGGUGGGGGUAAAAUUGAUUUUGAAGACUUUGUGGAGCUUAUGGGCCCCAAAAUGCUGGCAGAGACAGCGGACAUGAUUGGAGUCAAGGAGUUGAGAGAUGCCUUUAAAGAGUUUGACUCCAAUGGUGAUGGGCAAAUCAGCAUGACAGAACUGAGAGAAGCCAUGAAAAGGCUGAUGCGAGAGCAGCUGAACCCCAGAGAUAUUGACGAUAUUCUCAGAGACGCUGACAUCAAUGGAGAUGGACUUGUUGAUUUUGAAGAGUUUGUGAGGAUGAUGUCACAUUGAUCAAAGCCACAGAGAAGACCCAGAGGGGCAUACGAUCCAGCAAUUUCAAUGUAAGCAUUAAGCAAAAGAAAGGGUCUUGUAAUUGUACUGUUUAACUGGUAUUUUAAGAAAUGCAUUUAUCUGAUUACAACUAUAUUAAAUUUGUAUAGUAUGCUUAAUUUCUUUUAAUUAAAUAAUUUGAUUAUUUGUUAAUUACCUGUUCAUGUCUUUUGUCAUCCUUAAAGUGCCAGUUUACAAAGCAACGGCAGUUUGUUUCCUAAUAUCUAUGUACAAUGCAAAGCCAUAAG